AUGAAUACACUAUCCACGCUAUUCGAGCUUAUACCUCUAGGCUCGAUUCUUCUAUUACUUUGUGCAUGGUCAUAUCGGUUCUUUUUCAAUCAUGAGAUCAUUCGGAACUAUACAAACAGGCGUCAUGUACCCAAAUCUCAAAUCAAUGACUUGAUAGGCAAGGAAGCUAACGAGAAAUACGGAUGCACGCUUCUCCAUUUGAACGUAGAAGACGAAUUGGAAGAAGAGAAACUGCCUGUUCUGCUGCGAAAACCAUAUGCUGAGCUUCACCAGAAACAUGUCCACCGGGUAGUGGGAUUAAUCUUUUCACUAGUAACUGCACUUUCCAUUGAGUUGGUUGGAGUAUUUAUGGCGCAAUUGGUAGGCAUCUUUGAAGCAGAUACUCUGUUUUUGCGUGUGGGAAUCCGUACGUUGGUCAUUCUAGUCACAAUGGUGCAACCUUUGCUCGUAGUGAGCUUAUACAUGAACCAGGACUUGCUUCCCUCGUUUUCUGGCAAUUCUCCCGGCUCCUUCUUGAGAAUAGCGGCCACUUUUGCCUUGUGUGGCGCGUGGUUCUACUUCUUGCACCGAAUUGGCGAAUUGGCCAAUGCGUUGGGUGCUAUCUCAGAUAAAUCUUUCCUAGAGCGAAAGACCAAUGAGGUGGUGCUUACUGGAAUCACCAUCACCGCCAUAUUGUCAGGUGUAGGAUGUGCACUGACACCAGUGAGGCGAUUCUGGUUAGAGAGAGAGUCACAGAUGAAAAAAGCACGUACGAACGGCAAGGCAAAAGAGACGCAGUUGAAUGACUUGAUCCAGUCGUACAAUACUACGAAAAUGCUCAUCAGCAAGAGACAGCACGAACUAAAUGACUAUUUGGUAACUUCUGGUGGGACUGUUUACAAUCAAACAGGUCCAGAUCAGGUUCGACUGCUCAAAGGAAGUGGAAAACAGCUACUCCAUAAAGUGCAAUCAUUUGCCAGUAUAUCAAGUUUUGGAGGAAAUCGUGAAGAAGAAGAGCUUAAAAGAGAAAUCGAAUCGUUAAAGCAGCUCAAGGCACUGAUAUACAGUGAUGUGACUCGAGAGCUCCACAAAUUUCUACUCUCGAAGAGAUCAACGCCAAUCUCCAACAAGACAUUCGAACAAUUGGUAAAGGCAUUUGAUUUAGCAUUUGCCUUGUAUUGUAUUUAUCGUAUCUUCAAUGUGUUGUUACUCCGUCUCCCAUACCAAUACUUCUGGAGCUCGGAAGAUCUCCAUACUAGUAAUAACAUCAUUGAUGAUAAAGAGGUUUCUGGCGAGGCACUCAACAAAAACACCAAGGAUGCAUUGGCAAUCACCAUCGCCAAGAUCAUCCAGUCAGUGUUUGGGUACCUUCCCAUGUCCGAGGUACAACUUAUCAACCAGGUCAGUUUCAUUCUUUCUGGAUCGCUCUUCGUUUGCUCUUUUCAGAAUGUUCUCGUGACUUUCAAAUCGUUGGGUCGUUUCCUUCCUACCACAACUACAACAGUGUCCUCUAGUGUGAAGAGUUGGCUUAAGAACUUGGUGGUGAGUGAGUUCUUGGCCAUCUACGUAAUUGCUACUGCGCUUCUCAUUCGGACAAACUUACCCGAGGAAACCGCCAAGCUGAUGCUGCGAAUCCUUUCUCUCUCAACAUCUCUAUCGUCUAGCGUCAAUGGUAUGCAGAUAGAAGUGGAAUUCAUCGAUAAUUGGUUCGAUAAAGUGUUUGGGCUUACGUGCGUGAUUACUAUAAUUGUAAUUCUCCUGAAAUACUUUAUCGAGUCUGACAAUGUAUACGACGAUGGUUACGAUGAGGAGAUGUUUAUUGAGGAUCCUGCAAGAUUCAAGAUGCUGUAG